UAAUACAGCAACUACCGCUGACCGUUUGGUUUUUGAGAGAAGAGAGUGACAUCUCCACCGAAGAAACGACGACGUUACAUCGACUCACCGACGCCAUUCUACUCUCUCUUUCCUAUUCUUCUUCCUCAAUUGUUUGUUUGUUGCGUCAGAUCUCUGAUUUAGAUUUCCCUUUUAGGGCUAAUCCUUUCUUUUUAUAUUUCCUUGCUGUACUCGCUGUAUAAAUACAGGAUAUACAAGUGUAUAUUUACGUUUUGGCGGUGAUUAUUUGCUUAAUUGUACACCACAUUUGAGAUUUACGUUUUGGAUAGUUAGAAUUUUGGUUCUUUCGAUUUCCACGGGGUAAUGGCGGUGGUUUCUGGACCCGUGACACCGGGACAGGUUUCAUUUUUGCUUGGAAUCAUCCCAGUUUUUAUUGCGUGGAUAUACUCUGAGUGCUUGGAGUAUAAGAAGUCAUCAUCCCCAUCUAAAGUCAGUCAUUCAGACAGUAAUCUGGUUGAAAUGGAAAAUGGCACAAUAAAGGAAGAAGACCAGGCUGUGUUGUUGGAAGGAGGUCUUACAAAAUCAGCCUCCACAAAGUUGUCGACUCCAUCAAUUAAAACAAACUUGAUUAGGUUUGUGACUAUGGAUGACUCAUUCUUGCUUGAAAACCGACAAAUUUUAAGAGCAAUGUCUGAGUUUGGUGGGCUUUUGUUCUAUUUUUACAUAUGUGACCGCACAAACUUGUUUCCAGAUUCCACCAAGAGCUACAAUCGCGAUCUUUUCCUUUUUCUCUACAUUCUUCUUAUCAUAACUUCAGCAAUGACUUCGCUGAAGAAACAUAAUGACAAGUCAGCACUUUCUGGGAAAUCUAUACUUUAUCUUAAUCGCCAUCAGACUGAGGAGUGGAAAGGAUGGAUGCAGGUUCUUUUUUUGAUGUACCAUUAUUUUGCUGCAUCGGAGAUAUACAAUGCGAUUCGAGUUUUCAUUGCUGCUUAUGUCUGGAUGACGGGCUUUGGAAAUUUCUCCUACUAUUAUAUUAGAAAAGAUUUUAGUGUUGCACGGUUUGCCCAGAUGAUGUGGAGACUAAACUUUUUUGUGGCAUUUUGUUGUAUUGUUCUUAACAAUGAUUAUACGCUAUACUACAUCUGCCCAAUGCACACACUCUUCACUCUUAUGGUGUAUGGUGCCCUUGGUAUUGGCCACAACUAUAAUGAGAUAAGAUCAGUAAUGGUUCUUAAAAUUUUGAUGUGCUUUCUUGUGGUUAUCUUGGUUUGGGAAAUUCCUGGAGUUUUUGACCUGGUUUGGAGUCCCUUCACUUAUCUGUUAGGAUAUAGCGAUCCUGCAAAACCGAAUCUUCCUCGACUGCAUGAGUGGCAUUUUAGAUCCGGGCUUGAUCGUUAUAUUUGGAUAAUUGGAAUGAUCUACGCCUAUUUUCAUCCGAAUGUUGAGAAGUUGAUGGAGAAACUGGAGGAGUGUGACACAAAGCGGAGACGGUCAAUCAAAACAUCGGUUGUCAUAGUUUCUUCAAUUGUUGGCUAUUUGUGGUAUGAAUUCAUCUACAAGUUGGACAAGGUUACAUAUAACAAGCUCCAUCCAUACACGUCAUGGAUUCCCAUAACUGUUUAUAUUUGUUUGCGGAAUUCUUGUCAGCAGAUUCGGAAUUUUUCAUUGACCCUUUUUGCGUGGCUUGGCAAAGUUACUUUGGAAACCUAUAUUUCCCAGUUUCACAUCUGGCUAAGGUCAAACGUGCCUAAUGGACAGCCUAAAUGGCUACUCUGUUUGAUCCCAAACUAUCCUUUGCUUAAUUUCAUGCUCACGACUGCCAUUUACAUCUUGGUAUCAUAUCGGCUUUUUGAGCUGACUAACACAUUGAAGUCAGCUUUCAUACCCACAAGAGAUAAUAAGAAGCUAUUUUACAAUUUUGUUGCGGGAGCUGCUAUCUGUGGAUGUUUAUAUUGCAUCUCAUUCAUGCUUCUGCAAAUCCCUCAUUAAUGAUACGAGAAAUCAUCAUCUAUGGGUACUAAAACACAUUGGUGAACAUACAUGGACAGCAGGGAAGGCGGAACUAGUCGGCGAAGCUGAUGUGUCCAAUAAUUUUGUGGAAUAUCACUUGCAUUACAGCGUCCAGGUUUUUGCCUCCGAAGGUAGACGAGGCAAUGCAGUCAUAGAAAAAGGAAACGUUUUGUUUGUGGAUUACCACGCUUGUAUUAUUUUUAUUUGUUACAUCCUCCCCCAUAAGAAAAAUACAGGGAAAAGUAAUAUACACGUGUUCUCUGGGAACAUGUUUUGGAUAAUUAUUACAGGCAUUUUUUAUGGGUCAUUCAAAA